AAUUCCAUUUCAUCCCUCCUAAUUUCUUCUCUGAUCUCCCUUUUUCUCUUUUUCCCUUUCCCGUUUCUUUGAUUCUACUGUUUUAAAUCCCUCUCAGAUUUCUGAUUUUGAAACCGAUCGUACUAGUUUGGUGAAAUUUUGGUUUCAGAUUUUGAUUUUAAGUUCGUUGUUUCUACUGUAGUUGAGGCCGAUUACGGUGAUUAUCUUUGUGUUAGUUUUGGAAAAUGGAGAAUAGUCAGCGGAUUUUGCAGAUGAGGAGAGUAGUCGAGAAAAAUGGGGUUUCCACGGAAAAGUAUGGAGACCUGACGAUGAUGAGGUUUUUGAUCGCGAGGUCGAUGGAUGUUGAGAAAGCAGCGAAGAUGUUUGUACAAUGGCAGAAAUGGAGGGAUACGAUGGUUCCGAAUGGGCGAAUUGAUGAAUCUGAGAUUGAAGAUGAACUGGAAGCUAGGAAAAUUUAUUUGCAGGGUUUGUCACAGAAUGGGCAUUCUGUGAUGAUCGUUAAAGGGAGCAAGCAUUUUCCUGCGAAGGAUCAAGUUCAGUUCAAGAAGUAUGUGGUUUAUGCCUUGGACAAGACAAUUUCAAGUGCUUUCCAAGGAAGAGAAAUCGGGAAUGAGAAGCUGAUUGGCAUUCUUGAUUUGCAGCAGAUUUCGUACAAGAACAUCGACCCCCGUGGAUUGAUCACAGGCUUUCAGUUUUUGCAGGCCUAUUAUCCUGAACGUCUGGCAAAGUGCUACAUCUUAAAUAUGCCACGGUUUUUUAUCAGCGUGUGGAGGAUGGUUUCUCGGUUCCUUGAGAAGGUGACACUCGAAAAGAUUGUGAUUGUGAGCAACGAAGAAGAAAGGAAAAGUAUGAUAGAGGAAAUUGGAGAAGAAGUACUGCCGGCUGAGUAUGGUGGAAAGGGAAAGCUUAUUGCUCUUCAAGAUGCUGUCCUUCCUCACUUGGAUGGUUGAUGAUAGGCAAUUGAUUUCUAUUGUAUUAUUUCUCUCUCAAAAGCUCAUUAUAUAUAAGAUAUAUAAUGUUAUUUAGCUUCAAUGGAAUUGUUGUGUAAGCUAAUUCAGUACCUAAA